CCUCCGCCGCGACGCUGUGGCCACUCUGCUCAGUCGAUUCAUGGAGAAACCACGGACAGAACUCGCGGAGGAGACACCGGAGAGACAUAAACCAGAAUCAGGAUGGUCUAUAGCGCCGCCGUGCCCGUUCUGCCAGAAGAAGACAGUCUCGUGGACAUGAUAGGAAAAUAUUUCUUCCAGCUCGCCUCCCCGGGCCAAAGGUUAAACCCAAGCCGGCGGGGUAGCGUUGAGAGCUGGGACGAGCGAGAGAACCACACCCCCGUUCCUAACCUGGAUGAAGGUCUGGAGGAUGAGCUGCGGCUUUUCCACCCUGACGUGACCCAGCAGAUGGAGCGCUGCUUGACCAAAGCCAAAGCCUCCGUCCUCAACUGCCAGGUUCUGCUUCUACCUCGUCAAAUGAUCCCCAGAGUGACCGACGACGUGCUGCGGAGCUCCAUCGGCGAGCCCUGUGGGCUCCGGGGGGCCUCCAUCAAGCUCUACAUCGAAGGCAAAGACGGCCUAAAGUCGGCGGGCGGCUUCCUCCCGGAUCAAUCCGUCACGCCGACCUUUGAGCUGUCGGUGGUCUUCAAGCUGGACAAAGGCGACGGCUGGCCGCCGCUCAGACACUUCUUUGACACCAAGGUGCUGAAGCUGAGGCCGGAGUACAGACUGGUGAAGAGGAAGCUGUACUCCUCCGCCAGUCCUGUUGUUCAUGACUUCAGUUAGUGCAGGCGGGACUCUCGGCGUCUGGGAUUCAUGGUCAUCCACUGGAGUUGCUGUUGUGAACCACUUUUGUACUUCAUGUCUGAAUGCAACUUUGAGCAGGUCCUCAAACGCUGUAAAACUUAUUCCAGUACUGAGCAGGUCUCCCUCACAAGGCACUUUUUUAAUUUAUUGAAAUGUUUAAAUAAAUGUUUGACAUCUUCAAUGCUGACUCUGUGCUUUGCAUCAGAAACAAAGA